UCUGGGCGGAGACAGUACCCCGGAGGCCAGCUGACCGGCCCAGGACGAGCUGGGGAGUCGGAGGGACCGCACGCUUGCCGCCUCCGGAGCCCGCAAUCUGAGACCGAGUCAUGUGGCUGGAAAUUCUCCUUGCCUCAGUGCUGGGCUUCGUCAUCUACUGGUUCAUCUCCCGGGACAGGGAGGAAAUUUUGCCAUUUGAAGAUGGGUGGUGGGGGCCAGGGGUGAAGACCAUAACCAGGGAGGAUGAGAGCAUCCGCCCUUUCAAGGUGGAAACUUCAGACGAGGAGAUCAAUGACUUACAUCAGCGGAUUGAUAAAUUCCGCUUAACUCCACCUUUGGAGGACAGCCGCUUCCACUAUGGUUUCAACUCCAACUACCUGAAGAAAAUCCUGUCCUACUGGAGGAAUGAAUUCGACUGGAGGAAGCAGGUGGAGUUCCUCAACAAGUACCCUCACUUCAAGACUAAGAUUGAAGGGCUGGACAUCCACUUCAUCCACGUGAAGCCCCCCCAGCUGCCUUCAGGUCGUACUCCAAAGACCUUGCUGAUGGUGCACGGCUGGCCUGGCUCCUUCUACGAGUUUUAUAAGAUCAUCCCACUCCUGACUGACCCCAAGAGCCAUGGCCUGAGUGAUGAGCAUAUUUUUGAAGUCAUCUGCCCUUCUAUUCCUGGCUACGGCUUCUCGGAGGCAUCCUACAAGAAGGGCUUCAACACGGUGGCCUGUGCAAGGAUCUUUUAUAAGCUGAUGCUGCGGCUGGGCUUCCAGAAAUUCUAUAUUCAAGGUGGGGACUGGGGGUCCCUGAUCUGCACCAACAUGGCUCAGCUGGUGCCCAGACACGUAAAAGGCCUGCACUUGAACUUGGCUUUUGUUACAAGAAAUCUCUGCAACCUGACCCUUUUGUUGGGAAAGCGUUUCGCAGGAUUUUUGGGCUUCACUGAGAGAGAUGUGGAGUUGCUGUUUCCUUGGAAGGACAAGGUUUUCUAUAACAUCAUGAGGGAGAGCGGCUACCUACACAUCCAGGCCACCAAGCCAGACACCGUGGGCUGUGCUCUGAAUGACUCUCCGGUGGGACUGGCUGCCUACAUUCUAGAGAAGUUUUCUACCUGGACCAAUUCGGAAUUCCGAGACCUGGAAGAUGGAGGCCUGGAGAGGAAGUUCUCUCUGAAUGAUCUGCUGACCAACAUCAUGCUCUACUGGACGACAAAGACCAUUGUCUCCUCCCAGCGCUUCUACAAGGAGAACCUGGGUCAGGGCAUGAACCAAAAGCAUGAGAGGAUGAAGGUCUUCGUGCCCACCGGCUUUGCUGCCUUCCCUUGUGAGAUCCUGCAUACUCCAGAAAAGUGGCUGAAAUCCAAGUUCCCCAAACUCAUUUCUUAUUCCUACAUGGCCGCAGGAGGCCACUUCGCUGCCUUUGAGGAGCCAAAGCUGCUCGCCCAGGACAUCCGCAAGUUUGUUACACUGGUAGAGCAACAGUGACACCUGUGGGGACUGACCGUGGCCUCAGAAGCAGCCCUGGCUCCCCAGUGUUGUCUUGAAGAAGAUGCCCCUUUUCUGAAGAUGGAGCUUGCUUUUGUCCCCUGCCCUCUCUGGGAGCCCAGCUUACCCCUCCACUGUCAUCCACACCCACUGUACAACAUGGCUUUCAUAAUAAAUGAUUUUACUUCUAA